CUCAAAUACUCAUUAGUGUUGCGUACAGUUUUAGUACGCUUUGAUGUUGGUUGGAACUGGUAACCCUGAUGCACGAGUGGAAUGUAUAAGCGGCCGCACGAAGGCCGACGGUAGCGAUAAUUUUAUGACUCGGCAGUGUCGUUUGGUUCACGAGGAAGAUAGGAACUACACUCCGGUUAGGAGAUUCGUCUGUCCCGAGAACAUUUACUACAUUUAUUGGAGCUGCCUGAAGUAGAAGCUGCUACCGAUGUGUGGUUUUUGUUCCGCGACAAGUCGUCCUAACAAACUCCAAUAAAUGUAAUUCAUCAGCCAGAAGCAUCCCGCCAUGGAAAGUACGUUGAGAGAACUUUCCCUUCUAGAAGAGAAGAGCGCGCUAUGGCGGAAGCAUCAACAAGAGCAGAGUGAGUUGCGGCGAAAAUGUUAUGAAGAAGAACAACGCCGAAUUGAAGAAGAGUACCAGCAAGAGCUGGUGGAAAUUGAGGAAGAAUUCAAAAAGGCAGUACAGAAAAUGAGGUCAGAAUUCAGCGCGAAGAGGAAAGCAGUGUUACGGCAACACAACGGGAGUAAAGUCAGCGAGGGAACGGCGGAGGAGCCGAAUCCGAGUGACAAAACCCAGCCGCAAAAUGACUGCACUAAAGCAUCGCAUUCGAAAAAUAUAGACUCUCCAGUUUCUGUUCCGAAAAGCGUCAUCAGCUGUGACCCAGUGUGUACGGCACACACAAAGCGCGGAGAGAUCAGGAAAAUAAUACCAGCUGAUUCUUCAGCUGUUUCGUUCGUUAGCACCCGAUCGCUGACGUCAUCGAUCAACAGGAACAAACGAAUGUAUACUACAGCUCUACUGAAUGAAUCAAACUACGAAACUGAAGUCGUGAAAACAAUGUCUUUUGUUGAGUGUGACGCGUACGAGACCUGUGCGAAACGAAACUGUUUGGAUGAGUGUGCUCGCCGCCGGCGCGGUAGAAAGCGAGGCGAUUGUCAUCAAAUGAAAACGCUGCUGUUUGAUCCCGGCGGGAAUUGCGCUCUAGCAGUGGAAGGUGUUGGCUCGUUUUACUCGUACCUACCGCAAUUCGUAUCUACUGCAGUACGGUGUCGCCAUCUAAUUCAAGGUUGCUGUGUAGCAAAGCGUUUCGCAAAUCUGGAGAAGCAUCGAACCGCGGGACCUAUUUCAAUAAAUUGGAAGAUCUAGUUCGUCACCAGUUCAACGGGGGGGAAUGUUGCGUACAGUUUUAGUACGCUUUGAUGUUGGUUGGAACUGGUAACCCUGAUGCACGAGUGGAAUGUAUAAGCGGCCGCACGAAGGCCGACGGUAGCGAUAAUUUUAUGACUCGGCAGUGUCGUUUGGUUCACGAGGAAGAUAGGAACUACACUCCGGUUAGGAGAUUCGUCUGUCCCGAGAACAUUUACUACAUUGUAAGUUAAAUUACGUGAUAAGUUUGAAUAUAAUAUAAUUAAAUAAAUUUGCAGUAUUGGAGCUGCCUGAAGUAGAA